GUCUACCUUUCUAAAAUAACAAGCGCGUUCCUCUAAACUCGUAUCAAAAUAUUGUUUGCGGAAAAUUACAGAAACAAAUCUGAUCCGUUCAUUUCUCUGAGAUCAGAGAGUUCGUCAAUAUUUGAUCUGAUCAGACGGUUUAAAAACCGAGGGUCUAUCAGUAAUUCCACCCAUCAGCAUUUUCUCUUUUGCCUCCGCGUUAACUUUUCAUUUUCCUCAUUAAACCCCAAUUUCAAAUCUGCUUUGGGAAGUUCUCGUAUAUUUCGUUGUAGAUCCAACUCACCACCACCGAGUCGUGCUAUUCAACUCGUCCAGAGUUGGCGUCUCUUGUUUUUAUUUGUUUUGUUUCUCAAUUUCAUCUCUUUCAUGUGAAAGACUAGGUUCUAUCUAUUGAUUGGGUAGAUUCUUGAGAUUCCAUGGCUAGGGUUUUAAAAAACUGGGAGAGACUGGUGCGUGCUACCUUGGAAAGAGAGCAGCUCAGAGAUGCUGGUCAAGGUCAUGCGAGAAGACCAAGUGGGAUCGCCGGUGCUGUUCAACUCCCACCCUCGCUUGGUCGCGCCACUAAUAUCGACGCCAUCCUUCAGGCUGCGGAUGAGAUUCAAGCGGAGGACCCGCAUGUUGCCAGGAUACUUUGUGAGCAGGCAUAUGGUAUGGCCCAAAACUUGGACCCAAAUAGUGAAGGUAGAGGUGUCCUUCAGUUCAAGACUGGUUUGAUGUCUGUAAUUAAGCAAAAACUUGCCAAAAGGGAUGGUGGCCGAAUAGAUCGUAAUCGUGAUAUUGAACAUUUAUGGGAGUUCUAUAAGCUCUAUAAGAGGCGGCACAAAGUAGAUGAUAUCCAAAGAGAAGAACAAAGAUGGCGGGAAUCUGGAACCUUCUCUUCUACUAGUUUGGGAGAUGCUUUAGGAAUGAAGAAGGUCCUUGCUACUUUGAGGGCCUUAGUGGAGGUCAUGGAGGCACUUAGCAAAGAUGCCGAUCCGGAUGGGGUUGGAAGGCUUAUUAAGGAUGAGUUGCGAAGAAUUAAAAAUGCUGAUGCAACUCUAUCUGGUGAACUCACGCCCUACAAUAUUGUCCCUUUAGAAGCACCAUCAUUCACAAAUGCUAUUGGACUUUUUCCUGAAGUUAGAGGUGCAAUAUCUGCAAUUAGAUACACUGAACAUUUUCCCAAGCUUCCUUCAAGUUUUUCGAUUUCUGGGCAACGGGAUCCUGACAUGUUUGAUCUUCUGGAGUACGUGUUUGGUUUUCAGAAAGAUAAUGUAAGGAACCAGCGUGAGAAUGUUGUUCUUACUAUAGCAAAUGCACAAUCUCGACUUGGCAUACCUGUUGAAGCUGAUCCAAAAAUUGAUGAGAAAGCAAUCAAUGAGGUUUUCUUGAAAGUCCUGGAUAACUACAUCAAAUGGUGCAGAUACUUGCGGAUACGACUGGUUUGGAAUAGUUUGGAAGCAAUUAAUAGGGAUAGGAAACUGUUUUUGGUGUCUUUAUACUUUCUCAUAUGGGGUGAAGCUGCAAAUGUCCGUUUUCUGCCUGAGUGUAUUUGCUACAUAUUCCAUCAUAUGGCAAGGGAAUUGGAUUCAAUAGUGGACCAUGGAGAAGCUAAUCCUGCUCGAAGCUGUACCACUGAGAGUGGCUCUGUGUCCUUCCUUGAGCAAAUCAUAUGUCCUAUAUAUAAUACGAUGGCAGAGGAGGCUGCUAGAAACAAUAAUGGCAAAGCUGCACAUUCUUCAUGGCGUAAUUAUGACGAUUUCAAUGAAUACUUUUGGUCACCUGCUUGCUUUGAAUUGAGCUGGCCCAUGAGGAGAGAAUCCCCAUUUCUGUUGUUGCCUAAGAAGGGGAAGAGAACUGGUAAAAGCACUUUUGUAGAGCAUCGGACAUUCCUGCACUUGUAUCGAAGUUUUCAUCGUCUUUGGAUCUUUCUGGUUGUAAUGUUCCAGGCAUUGGCAAUUAUAGCAUUCAGAAAAGGACGUCUUAAUUUAAAUACUUUCAAGAUAUUACUUAGUAUCGGACCGACUUUUGCUAUUAUGAACUUCAUAGAGAGUUGUUUAGAUGUCCUGCUCAUGUUUGGGGCUUACGCCACUGCUAGAGGCAUGGCCAUUUCCAGGCUGGUUAUACGAUUUUUUUGGUGUGGCUUGACCUCUGUAUUUGUGACCUAUGUUUAUGUGAAGGUUUUGGAGGAAAUGAAUGAUCGGAACAACAAUUCAUUAUAUUUUCGGAUAUAUAUACUUGUCUUGGGUGUUUACGCAGCCUUGCGGUUGAUUCUUGGCUUGUUACUGAAGUUUCCUGCAUGUCAUACCUUGUCUGAAAUGUCAGAUCAAUCAUUUUUCCAGUUUUUCAAAUGGAUUUAUCAGGAGCGUUAUUAUGUUGGGCGUGGCCUUUAUGAAAGGAUGACUGACUAUUUCAGAUAUGUCUUAUUCUGGUUGGUCAUAUUUCUCUGUAAAUUCACAUUUGCGUAUUUUCUUCAGAUAAGACCCCUUGUCUCACCUACGAAUACCAUUGUGGAUCUUCCAUCUCUGCGAUACUCUUGGCAUGAUCUUGUCUCGAAGAAUAAUAAUAAUGUCUUGACCAUCGUUAGUCUGUGGGCUCCUGUUAUCGCUAUUUAUCUCAUGGACAUUCACAUAUGGUACACUUUACUGUCAGCAAUUAUUGGUGGUGUCAUGGGUGCAAGGGCUCGGUUAGGCGAGAUACGCUCAACUGAAAUGGUGCAUAAACGGUUUGAGAGCUUCCCAGAAGCCUUUGCCAAGAACCUUGUUUCACAACCAACUAAAAGGAUGCCAUUUGAUAGACAAACACCUGAGGUUUCUCAGGAAAAUAACAAGACAUAUGCUGCUCUAUUUUCACCAUUUUGGAAUGAGAUAAUUAAAAGUUUGCGUGAAGAAGACUAUAUCAGCAACAGGGAGAUGGAUUUGCUUUUAAUUCCCAGCAACAGAGGAAGUCUAAGAUUAGUUCAGUGGCCUUUGUUUCUUCUAAGCAGUAAGAUCUUAUUGGCAGUCGAUCUGGCUAUUGACUGCAAAGAUACACAGGCUGAUCUUUGGAAUAGGAUAUGCAAGGAUGAAUAUAUGGCAUAUGCAGUUCAGGAGUGCUACUACAGUAUUGAAAAAAUUUUACAUUCAUUGGUGGAUGGUGAAGGGAGACUCUGGGUUGAAAGGAUAUACCGUGAGAUUAAUAACAGUAUAUCAGAGGGUUCACUUGUCAUAACCUUGUCUUUGAAGAAGCUUCCUGUGGUUCUUCAAAAGUUGACUGCUUUGCUUGGGCUGCUAAGGAAUGAAAAACCUGAAGAGAAAGGUGCUGCAAAUGCUGUUUAUCAACUGUAUGAGGUUGUUACACAUGACCUGUUAUCACCUGAUUUGAGGGAGCAGCUUGAUACAUGGAACAUUUUGGCUAGAGCAAGAAAUGAAGGUCGUCUGUUUUCGAGAAUAGAGUGGCCCAAGGACCCAGAAAUUAGGGAGCAGGUGAAGCGACUGUAUCUUCUUCUGACUGUAAAGGAUUCUGCAGCUAACAUUCCUAAGAAUCUAGAGGCGAGGAGAAGAUUGGAAUUUUUCACUAAUUCAUUAUUUAUGGAUAUGCCUCCAGCUAAGCCAGUUUGCGAAAUGAUGCCAUUUUGUGUCUUUACCCCGUACUACAGUGAGACUGUACUUUAUAGCCCCAAAGAAUUGCGUGAGGAAAAUGAGGAUGGAAUAUCUACUAUUUUCUAUCUUCAGAAAAUCUUUCCAGAUGAAUGGGAGAAUUAUUUAGAGCGGAUUGAUGAAGGAAAGUCUACCGGGAAUGUAGAAGCUCAACGAAGUAAUAAUGACUUGGAGCUUCGAUUUUGGGCAUCUUAUCGAGGGCAGACUCUAGCCAGGACUGUUCGUGGUAUGAUGUAUUAUAGAAGGGCAUUAAUGCUACAAAGUUUUCUAGAAAGGAGAUCUUUGGGAGUGGAUGCAUAUUCUCAAAGUGACUACCUGACAACUGAAGGCUUUGAAUUGUCUCGUGAAGCUCGAGCACAAGCAGAUAUAAAGUUUACUUAUGUUGUUUCAUGUCAAAUUUAUGGUCAACAGAAGCAGAAUAAGAAACCUGAAGCUGUUGAUAUUGCUCUUUUGCUACAGAGGAAUGAAGCCCUUCGAGUUGCAUUCAUACAUGCUGAGGAGGUUGGAGCAGACGGGAAAAGGCAAUUUUAUUCAAAGCUUGUCAAAGCUGAUAUAAAUGGAAAAGAUCAGGAAGUCUAUUCAAUUAAACUUCCUGGAGACCCUAAGCUUGGAGAAGGGAAACCUGAAAACCAGAACCAUGCUAUUAUCUUCACACGAGGGGAAGCUAUUCAAACUAUUGACAUGAAUCAGGACAACUACCUUGAGGAGGCAAUGAAAAUGAGAAAUCUUCUUGAGGAGUUUCGAGAAAAUCAUGGAAUUCGACCUCCAACUAUUCUUGGUGUUAGAGAGCAUGUUUUUACCGGAAGUGUUUCAUCUCUAGCGUGGUUCAUGUCUAAUCAGGAGACUAGUUUUGUCACUUUGGGCCAGCGUGUGUUAGCAAAUCCUCUCAAAGUUCGUAUGCAUUAUGGGCAUCCUGAUGUAUUUGAUCGGAUCUUUCAUAUAACUAGAGGAGGGAUUAGUAAGGCAUCUCGUGUUAUCAAUAUUAGUGAAGACAUAUAUGCAGGAUUCAACUCUACUUUGAGGCAAGGUAACAUCACCCAUCAUGAAUACAUUCAGGUUGGAAAGGGAAGAGAUGUUGGAUUGAACCAGAUUGCUUUAUUUGAGGGGAAAGUUGCUGGGGGAAAUGGGGAGCAAGUCCUAAGUAGGGAUGUAUACAGACUUGGACAACUUUUUGAUUUCUUUAGAAUGUUAUCUUUCUUCUUCACGACCGUCGGUUAUUAUGUCUGCACAAUGAUGACUGUCCUUACAGUUUAUAUAUUCUUGUAUGGAAGAGUUUAUCUGGCUUUCUCUGGACUCGACGAGGAAAUCGCUAGGCAAGCUAGAAUGUCGGGUAACACAGCAUUGGAUGCAGCUCUGAAUACUCAAUUCUUGGUACAGAUUGGAGUUUUUACUGCCGUCCCUAUGAUAAUGGGUUUUAUACUUGAAUUGGGGUUGCUGAAGGCCGUAUUCAGUUUUAUUACAAUGCAGCUUCAGUUAUGUUCUGUCUUCUUCACAUUCUCCUUGGGAACUAGAACUCAUUAUUUUGGACGGACUAUCCUCCAUGGUGGUGCGAAAUAUAGAGCAACUGGGAGAGGUUUUGUGGUGCGUCAUAUUAAGUUUGCUGAAAAUUACAGGCUUUAUUCAAGAAGCCAUUUUGUUAAGGCGCUUGAAGUGGCACUGCUUCUCAUAGUAUACAUCGCAUAUGGUUACACAGAUGGGGGUGCUGUUUCUUUUAUCUUGCUUACUCUUAGCAGCUGGUUCCUUGUCAUCUCUUGGCUUUUUGCCCCUUAUAUAUUCAACCCAUCAGGUUUUGAAUGGCAGAAAACUGUGGAAGAUUUUGAUGAUUGGACCAGUUGGCUUCUGUAUAAAGGUGGAGUUGGCGUGAAAGGAGAUGAUAGCUGGGAGUCUUGGUGGGAUGAAGAACAGAUACAUAUCCAAACACUGAGAGGUCGCAUAUUGGAGACAAUAUUAAGCUUGAGAUUCUUUAUUUUUCAGUAUGGCAUUGUGUACAAACUCCAUCUUACAGGAAAAGAUACAUCCAUUGCGCUUUAUGGAUUUUCGUGGAUUGUGUUGGUUGGAUUUGUCCUAUUGUUCAAGUUACUCACCUACAGCCCUAAGAAGUCCCAUGAUUUACAACUGGUAAUGCGAUUUAUGCAAGGGGUUAUAUCCAUUGGACUUGUUGUUGCUCUUUGCCUUAUCGUUGCCUUCACCGGGUUAUCAAUUGCUGACCUAUUUGCAAGCAUCCUCGGUUUCGUUCCAACUGGUUGGGCCAUAUUAUGUCUGGCUGUUACAUGGAAGAGGGUUGUAAGAAGUUUGGGAUUAUGGGAUUCGGUGCGAGAAAUUGCAAGAUUUUAUGACGCAGGAAUGGGUACAAUCAUAUUUGCACCAUUAGCAGUGUUGUCAUGGUUCCCAUUCAUCUCAACCUUCCAGUCUCGCCUUCUCUUUAACCAAGCCUUUAGCCGUGGGCUGGAGAUUUCUCUCAUCCUUGCCGGAAACAAAGCUAAUGUCGAGACAUGAUUUCUACUUUCUGGCUGAGGUUAGGUUUGCUGGAACUAGUUAUUGUUUUUAUUUUUUGGUCUCGAUUUAUUAAUUUAUGAAUUUAACUUCAAUCCUUUUAUAGUAUAUAUUAUUUUUGAUGGAGUACAA